AUGCAAAAAGAGAGUCCUCUCAUUAGACUCCACAGUUUCGACCAAGGCCAUGCAUGGCUCGCUCUGUUGCACCUUCUCAUUCACAUGUCACUGCCAGUAACCGGUCAACCGGUAACUCCGACAAUAGAACCCGGCAGCAACAAAUCCGUGAUCGUCAUCAUGGUCAUCAUCGCCUUAAUGUUCCUCAUCUCAGCCUUCAUCUCUCUCUAUUCUCGCAAAUGCUCCGACGGACAAGCGCAUGAACGUGGCACUCUCGACCUCGCCGCAUCCACCGGCGCAAUCGGUAACCCGUCGUCGCAAAGCGAACCCAACGGUCUCAGCAAGGCCACCAUAGAAACCUUCCCCACAUUCCUCUUCUCCGACGUGAAGAGUUUCAAAAUAGGAAAAGACACUUUAGCAUGUGCUGUGUGCUUGAGUGAGUUCCAAGACCACGAUACCCUUCGUAUGAUCCCCAAAUGUUGCCACGUGUACCACCCCAGUUGCAUCGACGUGUGGUUAGCUUCUCACUCCACUUGUCCAGUGUGUCGCGCCAACCUCGUUCCACAACCUGAAGACGUAGACACAAACACGAACAUGCUACCCAUGUUGUCCAUUCAGGUACCCGAUGAACAUGAGCAUGAAGACGAAAGUGGUGAACAUGAACACGAGAGUGUUAUCAGUGAGGAAGGGAAAAGAGGGCAUGGUGAACUGGAGUCACCGAAGGUGGAUUUGCUUCGAAGGAUUCACUCGUUGCAUCAGAGUCGUCCUUCACGGUCGAGAUCCACAGGGUUCUUAUCCUCUCUCUUGUUUCCGCGAUCGAACUCAAUGGGGCAAUUGGCGCAGCAAGUGGAGAACUAUGACAGGUUUACGCUAAGGUUACCGGAGGAGGUACAAAACCAGAUGAUGAACUCGAAGCUUAAACGUGCGAAUAGUUGUGCAUGCUUUACGAGAAUGAGCAGUGGCACGUGGGGGUAUAGGACAAGAAGCGUGGGAAGUGGACGUGGAAGAGGGUGCGUGCAGUACGAGAGGUUCAAUGGUGAGGAACAAUGGGGUUUCACUUUGACCUCACCAAACCUUGUUAAAAGCGGUUCAAAUAGAUCCUCCAGAAAAUCACUGGUUCAAUGUUCGGGUGUGGUGCUAGAUAAUAUUAAUAAUCCUAAUGAACGGUCCUCUGAAUUCUUGCGUCUUGGGUAG